UUGCAGCAUUCUCACCAUGAACGGCUGCUACAACACAAUCAAGUACUCCGGGCUGCUCUCCAAUCUGCUGUACAUGCUCCUGGGCAUAGGAGUGAUGUCUGGAGCAGGACUGGGCCUACAGGUGGCGGAGCCCAACACCCCGGAGCACACGUAUUUCGUGAAAAGCCUGGUUUUGGGUGGCACUAUCUGCAUGAUCGUGAUGUUUGGAUGCUACGGCAUGGUCUGCAAUCUGCUGUGUGUUAACCUGCUCUUCACACUGUUUAUAUUAAUGGCCCUGGCGGCGGAGUAUCUGCAGCUGCAUCACUACCACAAUCCGUCCCUCAGAAGCUCCGGCGGCGCCUGGGAGCAGCUUGAACUCGCCUGGCAUGGUCUGGACAAGCAACCAGAGCAGAUGCAUCAGUACGAAGCUACACGGCACUGCUGUGGCUACAAUAGCCCUGACGAUUACAGGCGCCUGCAUCUGCUGGUGCCACCGAGCUGUUAUCAUCAGUCGUCCACUGCCAAUGACACCGCCCAGCAGAUCUAUCCGCGCGGCUGCCUCGAAACGCUGAGCAACAGCCAACGCUACAUACAGCAGCGCGAUAAGCUCUACAUGUGGUCCAUAGUUGGCCUUGAGAUCUUCAUUCUGCUGCAAACGGUGGCCCUGAGUGUGCUACUGUUCAGGCUGCGUCAGCGGCAGCGUCUCGCCCGGCGACAGGUGCCGCCAGGUGUGCGGAGGGAGCCGCGCUCUAACCAUGUUACCGGCUCACGGGCGCAGCUGCUCAACGAAGUCUGAGGGUAGAUUGUAUC